AUGCAGGACCGCACCGAGCGAAGGAUGUCCUGGCUUUCUCUAAGGCGUCGGCGCACCACGGGCAAUCUGAAGAGUCUGCCGAACGGACACCAAGUCUCCCAGGAAGGCGUACCUGCAAUAAUAAUGCCGACGACGAAAGAUCGGCCACCACCCAGUCUCCGACCCUUCUCGCAGCCUGAUGUCCCGCGAAGUAAUGCUGAGAACGCGAAUCUAUUCUAUGCGUAUGCGCAGAAGGUAGGGAGCCAUCGCAGCGUAGACGAGGACCUGCAUCUGAUCCGUGUCCCACAGGGCGACGACACGUCUUCUCGCUAUAGCCUCACCUUCGCCUCUGCUUCUUUUGCCGACGACUGGUACAAGCUCGUGAAGCAGCACUUCCCGAAUACCAAUCGCCCGGCGCCACAGCUCUUCUCUUUCAGAACCGAUGACUUCCUCUCCAGAGCUUGGCGACACCCGGCAUUCGGACACCUCCAGACGAAAUGGAUGUACACUACUUUAUCGGACACGAGCUCCGAUAGUAGUCUUGGGGGAGAGGCGCAACGCAGUAUGCCGGUUCAAGAUGAGCAGGGAAAUAUUCUGGGGGGAGCCGCAUCGCCGUCCACGAGUGCGGACAGCGGAAGGACGAGAAGAGAAGUCAAGGAUAUGAAAGAUGGUGUUGGCAGGGUGGGCGAGCAUUCCGAGAAGAUGAUGGAAACUGUCGAGAGGAAUACGGAAGGCGCCAGGAAGUCGGCUGAAGCAAGGGAAGAGCAUGGACAUUAUGGACAAGCGGAUGGCCAUUCCAGGGAACAUUUCUACAUGCGCGAGCUCUCUGGCCAUUUCGGCCGGAUGACGGACCUUCUCGAACGAAACACGGAGCAUAUGGAAAACCUAUCGAAGCGGCAGUUUGACCAUGAACAGAAAUUGCAACAGGCAUUGGAGAGUAUGAGUGCGAGGCAGAGUCCGGACGCUCUGGAUCUGUCGCGGUUUUCAUCGCACCUAGAUCGAAUACAGCAGAUGAUGGAGCAGUCUUUGCAGGAACGUCAAGAUUCUGCGCGGAGCGCGAGAGAGAAGCCUCCUUCGGUGAAUCUUUCGCCCUUGGCGGAGGGAUUGGGGAAGAUGCAGGAAGCCGUGGAGCAGAACUCUACCUUGAUGAAAGCCCUCUUGGAAGAAAGCUCGCAACAAGAUCCGGAAGCUCCAAGAACCCCAUUUGGGGCUCCGUUCCGACCACAGCAAGUCGAUCUGUCUCCGCUUGACGAGCGUCUUCAGGGCAUAUUGGACGCUAUCCAACAGCAAAACUCGCACAUGCAGGCUCUCGUUGGGUUUGCCAGUGGUGGUCAAGCUGGCCAGAGCGGCGACUCACCGCCACCAGCAAAUACCAGCCUUGCCCCCCUCAGCGAGCACUUGGAGCAAAUCCACAACGCCAUUGAGGAGGGUAACAAGCAGGCGAGGGAAGCAGCCGCGAAAUUCCGGCGAGAGAAACUCGUCGAUUUCAAACCGUUGACAAGUAGGCUAGACGCACUGCAGAACACCACAAAGACAAAUGUCAACCAUUUUGAGAAGUUGCUUGACGCACAGAAGGCUAUACGGCAGGCCUUAGAACGGGAUCGGCGCGAGCUCGACUUCUCCCCCCUGGCGGAAACUUUGGGUCAUGCGAUAGAAAACCAGCACGCGCCUCUUUUGGAACAGUUGCAGUCCAUCAACAGCGGAAUUACUCGCAAUGAAGAUGUUUUCACGACCGCCAUCACUGAUGUGCUCGGAGGCGUGGAUCUUACCGAGCUGUACAGUCGAUUAGAUGCCCUUCAAGAGGCCGUCCAAAAGAACAGCACUGACACAACUCAAACGAUAGAUUGUGCGUCGCUGAAAGGCCACUUGGAAGCGAUACGAGAGACAAUCGCCUCCAAUGCAGAGCAACUCACAGCCCUGAUCGAAGCCCAGCGGGCUCAUGCGACGCCCACGGACAAGACUGGACCCGAUAUCGAUCUCACGCCACUCACAGACCACCUAAACCGCAUCCACACCUCGCUGGAGAAAGCCACAAAACCAGACCCCCCUCCCGGCCGCUCGGGCUCGGGCUCCGGAGAUCCCAAAUUCGUCCUCAAAGCCCUCACCUCGCACCUCAGCCGGAUCCAAUCCGUCACCGAAAGCAACGCCCAAACCGUGCACACCCUCCUCCAACGCACCCCUUCCCCUUCCCCCUCCCCAUCCACAAACGAAAAACUACACACCUACAUCGCCGACGCCCUGGACUCGCUCCGGCGCACGAACGCGCGACAGAAACGACAAGAAGGCGAUCUGGAAGGUUUGGAACGCAAGGUGGAAGCUACGAAUUCCCAAUUCAGGGAGUUGAUGGGCGCGCAGAGGGAUAUGAAUCGCGUUCUGAGGACUUUGGCGGAGGCGCUCGCGGCGCAGAAUCCGGCGUCCUGUGGGCAUGUUGUUAUUCCGCCGCCUAGGAAGAUUGGGAGGAAGGUUGUGGGGUUUGUUUAUGAUGCUGGUGGGAAGUGA